AUGACUAUUGUCCAUUGCAGAACCCUUGGUGCUACUCAUGCUGUUGUUGAUGCUGGAUAUGUACGACAAACAGGGAAAAUAGUAGCACCAGAGGUAUACAUGGCGUCUGGUGUUUCAGGAGCUAUUCAACACUUUGCUGGAAUUAAGGAUUCUAAGGUGAUUGUGGCGGUAGCUGAUUAUGGACUUGUUGGAGAUCUUUUUGAGGUGAUACCAGAGUUGCUGGAGAAGCUUCCGGAAAAGAAAUGA